AUGGCUCCUCCCACCGCCGCCGAGAGCGCCUCACCGAUUGGCAUUGCCAACCUCCCUAACCAGCGUCACAAGAUUGUCGCCAAGAGGGGAGCUGGCUUCACCAUCAUGGUUGCCGGCGAGUCUGGCCUCGGAAAGACCACCUUCAUCAACACGCUGUUCUCCACGACCAUCAAGAACUAUGCCGACCACAAGCGACGACACCAGAAGCAGGUCGACAAGACGGUCGAGAUUGAGAUUACCAAGGCCGAGCUCGAGGAGAAGUUCUUCAAGGUUCGCCUGACCGUCAUCGACACCCCCGGCUUCGGCGACUACGUCAACAACAGGGACUCGUGGAUGCCCAUCAUCGAGUUCCUCGACGACCAGCACGAGUCCUACAUGCUGCAGGAGCAGCAGCCCCGCCGUCAGGACAAGAUCGAUCUCCGUGUCCACGCCUGCCUGUACUUCAUCCGUCCCACCGGUCACACCCUCAAGCCCCUCGACAUUGAGGUCAUGAAGAGGCUGUGCUCCAGAGUCAACCUCAUCCCCGUCAUUGCCAAGGCCGACACCCUCAGCCCCUCUGACCUCGCCCGUUUCAAGCAAAGGAUCCAAGCCGUCAUUGAGGCCCAGAACAUCAAGAUCUACCAGCCGCCGAUCGAGGAGGAUGACGAGGCCGCCGCCCAGCACGCGCGCAGCCUCAUGGCCGCCAUGCCCUUUGCCGUCAUUGGCUCCGAGAAGGACGUCAAGACGGGCGACGGCCGCAUCGUCAAGGGUCGCCAGUACUCGUGGGGUGUCGCCGAGGUCGAGAACGAGGACCACUGCGACUUCAAGAAGCUGCGCUCCAUCCUCAUCCGCACCCACAUGCUCGACCUCAUCCACACCACCGAGGAGCUGCACUACGAGGCCUACCGCGCCCAGCAGAUGGAGACGCGCAAGUUCGGCGAGGCCCGCCCCCGCAAGCUCGACAACCCCAAGUUCAAGGAGAGGAGGAGGCGCUGCGCAAGCGCUUCACCGAGCAGGUCAAGAUCGAGGAGCAGCGCUUCCGCAGUGGAGCAGAAGCUCAUUGCCGAGCGCGACCGCCUCAACAGGACUUCGAGCAGAACACACGCCCCAGAUCAAACAACUCGAGACGGAGCUCGAGGCCAUGCAGGAGCACCGGCGCCAUUCGCAGCCACGGCCGCCGUUAAGCGUCCCGUGUCCGGGCUGGUUCCGCGGGACCGUACACCUCUCCCUCGUCGCUCGGCGGUCCCCGUUUUCGUGGUUUGGAGUGGACAACGACCGAAAAGCUCGAUGCUUCUCCAACGUGCUCACGGAUCUGCCUACUUGUUUGCUCGCUUGCGCCUCCAGCGGUCGGAAAAGUUCUUUUCUGUUCCCGUAGGGCGGGAAGGGUUUAGGGGGGUGGCGAGAGAGAGAGUGUGUGUGUGCUGCAUGUAUGAAGUUCUGCGCAUGCUCCUUUCCCCCUCCCCUCCCCCCAAAUGA